CCGAGAGUACCUAUUUGUUGUGUGUGUGUGCGUAUUUUAUUUCACGUCUCCCGUUCACCUUGUUGUCUAUAGCGAAAAAAACUGCAGCGUUUUAUUUACAAAUUGAUGAUAUCUGUGGUAUUUUACUUAGGAGCGAGUGGCAUGGCAUUUUCGUGAAGAUAUUGUUGUUUGGAGUUCAGCUGUGAGCUAAGGGAAAUUAAGUGAAUUAAAACAGUAGUGACCGGUCAUAACACAACGUAUGUUCUAGAAGGUGGACCUUCGCCGUGUGGUGACGAUGGGUACAAUUGUGGCAGCGGGUAGGGUAGUGUAGUGACCAUGGAGAGAUUAUCUCAUGACUUGAACCUGGCUCUCGAGGAAAGCAAUUGUGGCCGUCAGGAAAGGCGAAAACUGGGGUUGAGACGACGCACGCGAUCUGCGGGCAACUUGCCAGCAGCAGUGGCCGUGAGUCUGGUGGAGGAUGGCAGCUCAAGUAGCCCACCGCAGGCACCGCUUAUCACACAACCACUCUCCGAUUCUGAUGACCCGCACCUCAGUGUACACAAGUCUAGCAGUCUUAAAUCCCGGCAUUACUGUCAAAUCGGCAACUUUGAAUCAGACUCUUUUAAUGAAAACUUCUCUCCUACAAGGCCAGCAAAUGUCCGGAGAAAACGUAAAUUUAAGAAGAUACCAGCGGAGUACAUGGAUGGAAAGCAUUCUCCACCAGUAGAGAUACUCACAGUUACAACUGAGGCAAAUGCAGCCCCGGCAACUAUUACUCUACAGUCUCAAGGAUUUUCUCCUCUUACUGUUAAUACAAACAAACAUAAAGCAACAGUAUUGAAACCAGAAAGGAAUGCCUUUUGUGGCAAAAGAAAAUGGUCACACAGAGAUAAGGAUGUGUGUGAAAUGAGAGAGAGGUCCUUCAGUGGUGGCUGUUCAUCCAAGUCUACAUUCUUCUCUAAAAAUGAAUUCAAACCCAAAAGGUAUGAUUUAGAGAAAAAGAAAAAGGAGCUGGUAAUACAGCCUGGGAAGAUUGUUCUCAAGUCACAAAAUGCAGAAGUCUCAAAGCCAGCUGUUAUGAACACUCCAUCAUUACCAGGUAGCUCAAGCUUCAAUUUCGUAUACAAGAGUUCCUCAAAGAAUGGUUCACCAACUCUGUCCAAAAUGAUAGGUUAUAGAGUUGCAACUGACCUGCCGCCAUUUUUCACACCUACCACUAGUUCAGGGAAAAACAGCGAUGGGAAAUAUCACAGGAAGCUAAAGUUGCUCAACAAGACUCAUCCGCCGAAAUCUUUAAGGAACCCUUUACAAUUUGAUGAUUCAAACAGUGGCAUGGAAUGUGCAGGCAAUGAAUCAAGUUCUUUAAGUAGCAGUGACUCUGAUGGUGUAAUAACUAAUGACAGUGACAGAGAGGGUGAUGAUGAGUUGACCGAUUGGCCAGGCAUUGAAGAACUCAAAGUAUUCAACAAAAGUCUAUCCUUUAAAACUUCCAAAACAAUCAAUAACAAUUCCCCACAAUCAGUGAGUAACAUGCCACCCCCAAAGCGAUUGAAAAAAGAAAAAUUUCUUGUAAAAAGUGGCUGGGCCAGUUGCAAAAACAAAUUCAAGAAGAAAAGAGCUAAAGUGGAAUCAGGGAAUGAGGAUGACGCAAUGAUGUCUGAUUCUAAAACGAUUGUAGACUUAGAGGAAGAUAUAUACACAAAAGUGAAAAAAGAAGUUCUGCAGCCUCAUUCUUCAUUUUCAAGUUUCAGUGAUAUAAAGAACGCAGGGGUGUCGGGUCAGAACGCUAACGAGUCGUUUUUUCAGUCCUUUCAAGCAUUCCAGGAGAAAUCUCUUCAGUCGGAGGAGCCGUUUAAUCAGACGCCGCGUACAAAUUUCUCUUUACAGAAAACAUCAUCAAGUGACUUGAACUUGAGUGAGAAGUCACCACUGAGCGAUUAUUGUAGCGAGCACUCGCUGGGGAUGGCAUUGCCGGAGGUGCGAGAGAUCCGGGCGGGAUGUCGUCGUAUCCGCGAGGAGCGGCCCGGCUUCCUCAUACUUAGUGCUGCCAACGAACAGCUAUCAAAGUUCCUGCAGGACUCAUACCAGACAGAGCUGAGACUGCCUUGUCUACGUGACGCUGAAGAGAAGGAGAAACUCGAGUCUUUGGCGAAGUUAUAUUCUCUGGAGUUACAGUUAGUAACAGGUCAGCCUAUACUUAGGAAGACCAGAAACACUAUGCAAGCAAUAGAAGUUGAGCAUUCUAGUUCCAACCUGCCGACGGAUCACAAGCGGCGGUGCUAUGGGGACGACGCGGACACUAGUCUCAGCCUGAGCGACCCUAACUCUGGAAACUCUAUCAAUGAUGAAACCUCAGUAACUGACGGCAGCAAUGUUGUAGACCCCAUCUAUAAAAAGAGUAGAAAUGAUCUCAUCGUAGACAUCCAACGGGUAGGUAUAACAGGCCAACAAUAUGACACAUUUUCCGAGAGUCUGGUCGACAAGUCAUUGUUGGAUCCAGGUAAAUUAGAUUAAGAUUUUAGAUAUGUAUAAUACUUGUAAUUAUCAGUAUGUUUUGCAAGAAUUCACUCCGUUCAGUCAGAACUAAUUAAUGAUUACCUUUGUGGUAUUGAAAGGCAACUGUGGAGUAGGUCAAACCUACAGCCUAAAGCGAUUCCACUCCUUUUUGGAGAUGUAAAAUAUACCAUAUUCAUAUUUUUACGUAAGAUACAAGUUAUUGGCAAGGCCAUCAUUAAAUAAUAUCGUAACUAAUGUAAAGGCAUGCUAGUACCGUUAAGACUGUCUUUUAUUGUGUCGGAACGAAACAUUUCAGAUCUUAAAAUGACGGACAAUGCAAUUCGUACGAAUAUAUUUUAUACUGCCGUUUUUAAUAAAUGUACCCAAAAUCUU